AUGUGGCCGGUCARCCAUGUGGGGCUCAAUGAUGAUGGGAGUAUGGUUGUGUUGGUGAGUACUAGACAGGGUGUCAUACAGGGUUAUGACAAGCGGGAGUUGAAGUGGACACUGUCGGUGCACUUUCGAGGUAAAGUGUUGGAGUCGUUUUUCAGGCGGAGAACUGUGCCGGGGUUUUUAGCACGUAAAAUGAUUAGAAAGAGGAGGGGCAGUGAUGCGUCRAUGUCGUCGGUAAAUUCGCUGAUCAAUGCGAACUUUCCGCCACCAAUACAGAUGAARUCGUUUGGACAGAAACARCGUGAGAGGACUAGUAGGGAAGAGUUUGUGAUGGUCAUGGAUAGUGGGGAGAUACUUGUUGUGUCGUGUAAUGAUGGGAAAGUACAGAGUUAUGAUGUGAAGCAGCAGUUGGUCUGUGCAAUAAAGAUAAGAACACCAAGGGUGAUGGAUAGAAUUGUUGUGCAGACGAAGGAGUUGGAUAUUAUUGUGGUGAACAUYGUCAAYAACAGCAUGAAGAGCAGAAAGCUAGAGGUGGCGCCCCUGAAACUGUGUGGGAUAUUUCCGGUUGAGUUUGUGGGGUUCUUURUACGUGUUGACGGGUUAGAGUGUCAGCUUAUAGAUGUGAACACGGGGGUGGUCAUSAAACUGUUUGGGGUCGGGAAUAUGAAGGUGAACUCGUUGAGGGUGUCGUAUCCUGAGCCGCUGCAUUGUCGGUUUUGUGGGAGUGCUGCGAUCUCAUCGUUCAGUGUGGUAUAUGAGAUAGAAGGGGUGGUAGUGGUKCACACGUUCAGGGUAGAUAAGAAAGCAAUAUGYUUGAGAGUUGAGAGAGAUCCCAGGGAAAUCCGAUGUGUUGGGUUUGGUGGUGCAGAGGAGAAGGUCGACUGGUAUGAGAAUGUUGUUGGGUAUGAAGUAACCUCUGUCAAUCUGAUGAUCGGGGUGGUACAGAAGAGUAGUGGGUUAAGAAAUAGGAAAGUCAAGCAAGCCAAGGAGUAUGAGCUUAUGGUGGUUAGUUUGGGGAGUGGCAAAGCCGAGUAUUACGAGUAUAAGGUUGAUGGUGUGUUGUGGGGGGUUGAGCGGUACGGCCACAAGUCGGUGAUACUCAACCAGGGGAGAAGAAUGGAGGUUGUGUAUGUAGGGAAUAGCAAGCUAGUUGAUUAA